AAAACAAAUCCUAUUCUUUCUCUCCACAAUAAAAACAAAACAACAAGAGCAAUAAGUCAUAAAAACCGCCCGAAUGCUCCAGAAACACCCAAGAUGCAACAACACACCAAAUCAAAGCGUUCUUUGAGUCCGACGACUCGGGUCUCACCUCGUAAGAGACUCAACUAUGAUGCAGACACUCACAAGGUGUCGAGUCCCACGAGAUAUGAUGAAGAUGUUCAGCUCAGCUUCCUAUCCAUCGAUGAAGAAGAUGAUGAAGAAAUCACUUGUUCUAUCAGCAUGGAGGAAUUAAUGAAGCUGGAAAAGGAGCGAUAUCCCGGUGCCAGUAGCUGGGCUCCUGCUGAAGAGCGACUCUUUGAGAUAUUGUACAUGCGACAGGAUCUACCCAUGCUUCCUACAACAUGGGAUGUCGAUUUGCGAGGAGUCCCCAUAUCAGAUAUCGUCUUUCAGACUUCGGAUGAGUUCCCUCCUAUCAUCUAUGCUCACUCAAAGGACUUUCGAGCAACAACGGCUCUUAUUCGUCUCAUAGACCUCACAGCAAAGACAAGGACAAGUAUCCAGAGCGGCCUUCACAAAAAAGUACCACAACUCAUCAAACGAGAACUCGACAAGUAUCUGAGCUGGGCAGCACAGGACGGCGACUACCUGCAUUUACGAAUUGUUCCGAAUAUCCUGACCGAAGUCGUAGACACGACAAUGCCCGAAAAUGAGAUCACUGAGCACAUCCAGAACCGUAUGAGAGCUCUCGCAAAGCUUCAGCGAGAGUUUCUCCGAGAGGAUAGAAACCCUCAAUUCUGGGAUGUCCUCAAGCCCAGUGUAUUCGCAUCUCCGAAAAUCAAACUUGAGCCGGAUGAUGGGUUGACAUCGUUUGGGGGGUGGCUAACGCCUGCUAAGAGCCGACUUGGCUCGCAUCCUCAUGCCGGAAACGUAACUUCAACUACCGAAACCCAUGAAGUCGCUGUCAAGAUCGAACCUGGACUUAAGAGCCCUGGUAUCUCGGCAAGAGAACUCCACAAGACAACGAUACUUUCGAGGGAAUCUUACCAUUCACAGUCUCCAUCGCCCUCUCUACCCGAAGAACCCCAAACUCCUCCUCGGCACACCUACCGUCGCCAUCCUCCCGUGGUCUACGGUCUUUUCAUUCUCAACACCUCAGUUCUUGUUCUCACAGCCGAUUCCUCCAAAGGAUUCGACGCAUAUGUCAGUUUCCAGGUCCUAGUCGAUUUUCAAGAUGAACACCAGGGGAUCUGGAAUGCUCUGACCAUCGCUAUUGCGGUGUGUCUUGCUCGUGAUGAGCUACGCACUCGUGCAAGCGACUUUGAGGAACUUCCUUGCGUGGAAGAUAGUGAUCCGGAUGCUUGAUUUGAAAGAUAUUUGAACGAUUAUGACGAUUAUUAUGAGGAAAGGAAUACCAGGGCCCAUGUUUAAGUAUUAUUUGUUACUAAUGCGCUUUGAAGUUCUGUUUUAUACCCCUGAUUUUACAAACAAGUGUUGGCUUGGAAUGUCGUUAUUAUUAUCAAGUGGUCUUCAUGUAGCAAUUGUCGAGUCCUCAACUCCAUUCUCUCUAUCAGUGCAUUGUCCGAGUCGUUGAAGCAGUCAUUAAGCAAUGUUUUCUUGUAGAAAAGUCAUAAUUGCAAAGCCAAUCGAGAGCUUCUAUGCUUCAUGCUCUCAUCUCUAU